UCCAGUGUAACACAUUGUUGAGCGCUUUGUGACACUGUGAGCUGCUGUUGUGAUUUGACGUGCGGCGGUCGGCGAAGUCGCGGUGUGUGUUUCGCGUGUCCACCAUGGGGAAGAUCGAGUGGGCGAUGUGGGCGAACGAGCAGGCGCUGGCGUCCGGACUCAUUCUCCUCACAGGCGGCAUCGUGGGGGUGGCCGGCCAGUUUGCAGGCUGGCAGUUUGCAGCCUAUGGGGUUGCUGCUGGGGUGUUUGUCUGCCUUCUGGAGUAUCCGCGAGGCAGAAGAGCCAAAGGCACCAGUGUGGAAAGGACGGGUCAGUACUGUCUAACGGUUUGUGUGAAGGCCUUCGGUCCCAUCACCAGGAACUACUAUGUCCGGGCGUUUCUGCAUGCUGCAUUAUGUGUUCCAGGGGGGUUCAUGUUGGCCACCGUGCUGGGUUGUGUCUGUCUGGGCAUUGCAAGUCUCAUCUACCUUUUGGCGGCCAUCCGUGGUGAACAGUGGCUGCCCAUCCUGCCCAAAACCGAGACCCGUGAGAAACCAAGGGAAAGUAUCAAGGAGCCCCCGCAGAACCCACCCCCUCGACCCCCUGCGGACCUGCGUAGGAAGCGCCUGGAGGACGUGGAAGGGGCCGCAUAUGUCAACCCUAUCCCAGUCACCGGCAGCGAGGACUAACUGCCCCCUGCAGGGUUGGCUCAGCACAGAACUCAAGCUGUAAGCAUGGAUAGUCACAUUGUACCGACAGGACAAAGGAACUGCUGUUUUCUGUCAGCUACAGGUGGCUGUUGUGGUCAUUGAUUAUUGCUUAUUCCCAGCAGAAUGUUCCUUCUGUUACCUCCUGGGACUGUUGCUCUUAUAUGUUUGGCUCCCAAAGACUUGCCAGAUUCUGAUGUUGUUUUUUCGUAGUAUUUUUGUGUGUCAUAUUCAGUUAGCUGCUAGGUCAAGAAGUGGCUCAGGGAAAAGUACUUGACCUGCUCCAUUGUAAUGAACAAGUUACACAAUUACAGGGUCGUUCUUUUCGACUUUGUGUAAGGCACAUUAAGUUAUGCAAGUGGAGAAACUGAGCGUGAAUGAAGGAGCUUCAUAAUUCAAAGUGUUUGUUACAGCAGGGUAAAUACUGCAAAGCCUCUAUCCCACUCCCAAGAAUGAAGCAAAGAGGCAAAAGAGUGAUAAAAGUCCCCUAAAUAUCAAGGUAUCAUUUACUUCAGUAAUAUAUUUUUUUUUAAAUUCCUUGUAAAAAUAUGUUGCUAGAGAUAGUGAGUUUUUUCUUUACUGCCAUCCAUGUAUUACUUUUGUUACUGCUGGUAAUCUGAAGAAUCAUGAGGGCAUUUACUCUCCAGAUGUAAAUUUUUGUUUUUGAUGU